AUGGCCAUCUGGGGUUUUAUGCCUCGUGGGGACCAGACUGUGAUCGAAAAUAUGCCUUCGUUUUUCCCUCUUCAGGACACCCGCACGAUGAUGUGUCUGCCAGGAACCGUCAUCGACAUUGGAGGCGGCCGAUUAGAACUCUCGCUCAAGGAGUUAACGGAAUACCAAUUCCUAGGUUUCAAUGGUGGUAAUCCCCGCGACUUGCCAACCGGACUUUUCUAUAAUACCAAGGGAUUGAAGAUUUGGGGGGACAUCACCCGUUUACCCGAAUAUCGACAAACUCAGGACGAAAUAGACCUUUUGAAUUUGUUCAAAAGCCAGAUAGCAGAUUGGGUAGUAGAUGGAUGCACCAUCAUCGACAUGGGUAGUGGGGAUACUCGGAAGGUGUUGCCUCUCCUAGCCUAUCUUGAGCGCCUUCGGGUAGAAGUUCAAUACUUCGCCCUUGACCUUUCCAAGCAGGCACUGGAACGAACAAUGGAGCGGCUCAUCCCCGAGUUUCAAUAUGUACAAUGCUUCGGCCUGUGGGGUGCAUUUAGCGAUGGCCUAAACUGGCUAAGGGCUAUCAAGUCCCCCAAGCUCAUCCUUUCUCUAGGGUCAAUGUUCGGAAAUGAUGAGUUCUCCCUUGCAGUCUCAAGGCUAGAGGAGUGGAAACAGGUUAUGGGCCCCAAUGACCUGAUGCUCCUGGGUCUGGAUGCCUGCGGAUACCUGCCGGAGCUUUGGAAUUCGUACCACGACCAGAAGAGGGUAUGGGAAAGCUUCAUACGAAACGGGCUAGAGUAUUCAAACGAGGUUUUGGGGAUCAACUGGUAUAGGGGAGAGGACUGGGAGGUCACUGGUCGUAUUGACAGCUCACCAGACAUUGUCCACCGGUUUUCUAUCAUUGCUAGGAGAGACGUCCACUGCCCCUCUCUUGACCUGUACUUUUCAGCCGGCGAGCGUGUCGACUUCUUCGAGGCAUGGAAAUACGGGCCAGAGAGAAUGGAAAACGAAUAUCUCUUGACCAACGCUGAUUUCAAUAAUCAUUAA